UCUGUAACGCGCGAUUUAAAUUCGCGCCUUUCGUGAAUGUAUUGCAUUACGAUUUCCGGUGACGACGUGUGGUGAAUAUCGGACUCUAAAGUCUCUUCUCUUUUCCGGUUCUUUUGGAACGUAUAUCAUAUUUGUGCAAAAUGGCUAAACGCACGAAGAAGGUUGGAAUCACUGGUAAAUAUGGUACUCGAUAUGGUGCCUCUCUCAGAAAGAUGGUUAAGAAGAUGGAAAUUACCCAGCACAGCAAAUACACCUGUACCUUCUGUGGCAAGGAUGCUAUGAAACGGAGUGUAGUGGGUAUCUGGUCCUGCAAACGUUGCAAGAGGACUGUUGCUGGAGGUGCAUGGGUAUAUUCAACAACUGCUGCUGCCUCUGUUAGAUCUGCUGUCAGGAGGUUACGUGAAGUUAAAGAACAGUAAAUAAAUGUAAUAUGUAGUUCAUAAUGA